AUGUCUUUCCGUGGUCGUGGUAGCGCAUCCGGUGCCAACCGUGGAGGUUUCGGCGGUGGCCGUGGUGGCCGCGGAGGUUUCCAGCAGUCAUUCGGCCCCCCUGCCCAAGUCCUGGAGCUGGGAUCUGUGAUGCACUCUUGUGAGGGUGAGAUGGUCUGCGAGUCGGUCAACCCCAAGAUUCCUUACUUCAACGCCCCGAUCUACUUGGAGAACAAGACUCAAAUUGGAAAGGUUGAUGAGAUUCUUGGUCCCAUUAACCAGGUUUACUUCACCGUCAAGCCCCAGGAUGGAAUUGUCGCUACCUCCUUCAAGGCUGGUGACAAGGUCUACAUUGGUGGAGAUAAGCUCCUCCCUCUGGAGAAGUUCCUCCCCAAGCCCAAGGCUCCUCCUGGAGCCCCCAAGCCCAAGCGCGCCGGUGGUGCCCGUGGUGGUCGCGGUGGUGCCCCCCGCGGUCGUGGUGGCUUCGGUGCUCGUGGUGGUGCUCCCCGCGGUCGUGGUGGAUUUGGUGCUCCUCGUGGUCGCGGUGGCUUCGGAGGCGGUGCUCCCCGUGGCCGUGGCGGCUUCGGAGGUGGUCGCGGUGCCCCCCGUGGUGGUGGUGGCUUCCCCACCACCUUUACCGCCUUUGCCUGCAGUUUGGAAAAUGACGUUGACCGCUCAGAGGUGCGUCUGUCAACACUUCAAGCAGGAUUGACAGCCAUUCUUAAUUUCUGUUACCCCUCAGUCUUGCUGCUCAGGCAUAAUAUCGUGCCGGCUUGUCUUUCUGUCAUACAUUUCCCCACAUCUGAGAUUGGUUUGAGCAUGUCUCGUCGUACAUCGGCUAUGGCACCGAGUGAAUCUUCAGGCGGCGUCCCACCUUCAGGUGAUGGAGGUGUGUUGGAGCUCUCUUGGGUCUAUUCAGAGCAAUCAAGCUUACAUUUGGCAGGCCAGGAAAAGCAGAAAAUGCUUCUUUCCUCGGAUCAUGGUCAUUUCAGCAUGGUUAAGUCAGUCUCCGCGCCUCCUGUCUUUUUGGCUCUACUAACAUUCCACAGGGCUAUGCAUCUUGCCGAUCUGAUCACGGAAAUGAAUGUCAUGUCGGUCUUCUCUUCCAUGCGCUACUGCCUCGGUGAACCGACUGAAUACGGUGCUAUCUGGGCUGCCCUGGCUUUCAUGCCCUUUGGUCUAUUCUUCGACUUCAUGGAUGGCAAGGUCGCACGGUGGCGCAAGAAGUCGUCUCUCAUGGGACAGGAGCUUGACUCGCUGGCGGAUCUGAUUUCCUUCGGCCUAGCUCCUGCUGCUGCCGCGUUUGCGCUUGGUAUUCGCACCUCGCUUGACCACGUCUUCCUGACUUUCUUCGUCCUCUGCGGUCUCACCCGUCUUGCUCGGUUCAAUGUGACUGUGGCUGUACUGCCUAAGGACAAGAGUGGCAAAUCAAAAUAUUUCGAAGGCACUCCCAUCCCGACCACUCUGUCAAUCGCCGCACUCAUGGCCUACUGGGUCUCUCAAAGCUGGACCCAUGAGAACAUCCCUCUGGGCCUGUUCGCAGAAGGUACUAUCUUCGAGUUCCACCCCGUCGUUCUGAUGUUUGUUCUGCAUGGAUGUCUUAUGGUCAGCAAGACUAUACACAUUCCCAAGCCAUGA